AUGAGUGUGCACAUCCUGUACAGCCCCCACAGCCCUGCGCUUCCUGCUCUGCCGCGAGCAGCUGCCGGGCCCCGGCUCCCGGGGAGGGUUGGGGGGGGCUGUGCUUCCCCACCUUCCAGCCCCUACCCAGGGCAGCAUGUCAGGGCCUGGGCCUUCAUGGGUGUCCAGGACCAAGAUCUGCCUCACUCUGAAGCCGCCAGAGUCCCUCUUGCGCUCUGAGACUACCCCUCACCCAGGAACUGAACUCCCUGCCCAGGCCAAGGGGGAACUGAGCUGGGAGCAGCAGGAGCCCCUGGGGCAGGUGGUGAUGAGCCCCCUCGGAUCCAUGGAGUGCUGGAGCGGAGCCUGGGUCCUGCUCCUGGCACUGGAGGUGCUGGGCAUUGCGAAUGGGCAGCCUGUGGCACUGGCUUGUCACCGCCUGGGACCCCGUGGGGACAUGAACUGCUCCUGGGCUGGCCCUGCGCCCCACAAUGCCUCUGGUCCCUAUCACCUGCACUACCGGGGCCUCAAGCUCCUGCCUGGUGCCUCCCAGAGUGCUCCAUUCCCACCCAGGCAGCGCUGGGUGUUGGUGGAGAGGAGCCACCUGACGCAGAAUGAGGUCUACGAUGUAUGGGUGGAAGCUGAUGAUGGGACUAACGUGACAUGGACACUGCGCCUGGAUCUGGAUGCCAUUGUGAAGCCCCCCCCACCCCGGCUGAGCCUGGUGAACAUGUCCUCGGGGGUGGCCGUGACCUGGGAGACUGAAGGGUCCCUGCCUGCCACCCCCCCGCCAGCCUGUGAGCUGCGCUACCGGCUCUGUGGCGCCUCCAACUGGACCUCGGUACCCGAGGAUGACCUGGAACCCAGCGGCCAUGAGUUCCUGGGCCUGGAGCCAUUCACAGCCUAUGAGGCGCAAGCGCGGUGCGGCCCCCCCUGGAGCGACUGGGGGGCCCCACUGUACUUCACUACCCCUGAGGCUGCCCCUGAGGGCCUUGUGGACGUGUGGCGGGUGCUGAAUGACACAGAGCCGGGGAGACCCUGCCUGCUACUGUGGAAGGAGCUGGACCCCAAGUUGGCACGGGGGGUGGUGACCAGCUACAACGUAGCCAUCCCACCAGCCCCAGAUCAGGCUGUCCCCUGCUGCCAUGCACGACUGCCCUGCACUGCCCCCAAUGCCUCCAUCUCGGCCAGCACCCACCGUGGGCGCACUAAGCCAGCCAUCCUCAGUCUGGAGCGAACUGACCUGCCGCCCCCCCAGAAGGUGCAGGCAGAGGCAGUGUCUGGGGGGGGCCUGGCUGUGAGCUGGGUAGCACCAGGCGUGGAGCCGCGGGAGCUGCUGGUGGAGUGGGCUGAGGAGAUGGGAGACCCCAGGACCCUCCCUAACUGGACACGCUGCCCGCUGGAGCACAAUCACAUCCUGCUUCCAGGUAAGUUCCAGCCUGAGGUGCCAUACCAGGUGCGCAUGUAUGCGCUCUACCCGCGUGGCUUCGGGGCAGCCCCUUCCAUCCGUGUCUAUGUCCAGGAAGGAGUACCAUCAGCUGGGCCCGAGGGCCUGCAUGCCCAGAGUGUGUCCCCAACAGCCUCUGUCAUCUCCUGGCAUGAAAUCCCCCUGCGCUACUGCCAUGGGAAGCUUGUGAACUACACCCUGUACCUGGAGUCCGCCACUGGCAGCCUCAACACCAACCAGAGCGUGAACGCCAGCGAGCGGAGCUACUGGCUAUCAGGGCUACAGCCGGACACUGCCUACUACCUCCGGAUGAGCGGCUCCACAAAUGUCGGGGAGGGUCCCACCAGCGCUGUCUACGUCUUCCACACACCCAGUUCCCAUUGGCAGACCAUCCUGGGGGCCCUUUUUGGCCUCGGCCUCUUCUUCCUCCUGGCCUGCAUCGCAGGGAUCAUCUUCAGAGCACAGCUGCUGACCCUGUGCCACAAGGUGCUUCCACGCUGGUGCUGGGAGAAGAUCCCAGACCCUGUCCACAGCCUUGUACUACUACAGGAGGUGCCAAAGGACACUGGCAGCUUGGUGUUCAGCCUGGCCCCCAAGGAGCCACCCAUCACCCACAUCGCCAUUGAAGCACCCGCCUCACCCAACAUCAAGACCCCCCCCAGCCCUGGACCCAGCUCCAGCCCUGGGGACCCACCGCCCAUCCUGUCUGGCUACGAGAAGCACUUCAUGCCCACGCCCGAGGAGGUGAUGGGACUGGUGUGAGCCUGUGAGGAGCACUAGGACAUGGGCACAGCUCCUAUCCCCUGGCAGUGUCAGCAUGGGGCGCUGGCUGGCACUAGGAGGAGGGGCUUGUUCACCCCUCCAGGAGGCACCACGGCUGCUCCAGACCCCUGCUGCUGCACCCGCUUGACUACACUGCCCUCCCAGAGCUGGGGAGAGGACCCAGGAGUCUGGGCACCCUGCUGUCCCUGAAGCCAUCUGGGCUUGCAGGGAUUGGGCUGUUAAAGCCCUCUAAGUUCCACCCUCUGCCAUAUGGGGGAGGGGGUGGGGCCUCCAGUGAAGGGGCAGGGCCAGGGUUGCCAGCACCCCCUGUAGCCUUAAUGAUGACCUUGUAAAUACACCCAUCCUGUGUA